ACUGUAAACUAAUCCGUCAAGAUGGCGAUGGCUCCGGACGCAACCAGCUACAUCAAAUCGGAGUACACCAGCAAUUAUACAUGGGAGCCUACACGACAUGGCCCAUAUGCAUGGGGUGCUCAGCCACCUGUACCCCAGUCGCUAAGAAGUCUGUUCAGUUUGCCCACGGCUAAAGUCCAGCUGGUGGAUCGCAGUCAGACGGGCCUUCCGCCUGUUCACGAGGCAACCACCUGGAGCAUGCGUAGAGCAGAAAACAGACCAACUUAUGCGUACAGAGACAACACUCAGCCAAUGACAAACAUGACCAUGAUGGGAAGACCAGAAGAGCAAGCAGAAAUUGCCCGUAUUAAGUCCGAUUAUGGCCAGCCGUGGCCAAAUACGAAAUUAUGGGAGACGUGGAAGCAGAGGGAGCAGUGUAAACCAGAAGUGGUUUACUCACACCAGUUGACUACGGACUACCAUUACCCGUACGCACGCGCUCCUCACGUCCACUCGUCCUAUAUACCUGGCUAUGUUUUUCCAAGUGACAGGUUCACCAAUAGGGGGAGUUCCUGGAAAACACAGUUCAAAAGAUCCAGUUGGUUAGAGAGUGGGAGUUUGUACGGGAAAUAGUUUAAAGGACUCGGACUAGGUCGAUUUUAGUAUAUAAGACGAAACAGAAUUUCUUUAAAAGAUUAAUUCAUUUCUUUAGAGACUAUUUCAUCUAAGCAAAAACCUGUUAUCAAGGUCAAAACGCUUAUUUAUAAGAACGUUUCGUUUGCUUUCAUCUUCUUAUUUAAAAAUACAUAGUUCUAAAUUAUUUUUUAAAUACUUUUUGAACAAGGGCGUGUGUCCCUUCGCUUUGUUAGAAAGUUAUAUUUUCUGCCAAAUUUACCUAUUGUUUGUUUUGAAUUAAGUGUUCAUUUAUUUGCAGUUCUCGUCUUUUUUUCUUCCUAACAAAUUUUAUAGCUAUCUCCGUUGUUCACCAUUUAGCGAAGGGUUGGCUGGUGUCUUCGAGUUUAUGGUGAUUAACAAUCAGAUAUGUGGAAUUUGUUAAAGGUUGAAGGAUGAACAUGCAGUGUGGGAAACGUCCCCUUAACUAAAAUUAUUAUUUAUAUAUUUGUUUGAGUUACCUUGAUUUUAUUUAUUAUAAUUUAGUGGAACUGCGUCGAAGUUAUCAUGACUGCUUAUAUUUUAUUUCAAAACUUAUUGUUUACUUUAUUCAUUCAUUUUUUGUUAUGUUUAAGAAAAUUGUAAAAAAAUGGCUUUGAUGUCGAUAUGUGUCAUGAACUUUGCUCAAUUUAUAUUAAAAGUCAUUUCAUUUUAAAUAGACUCGUGUAGACAUCGUAAAGGAUAAUGACCUAUAGUGUUUAUGGUCAUCUGCGUUUAAUUAAUUUUUAAUGAUCUCCUUAAUUUGUAAUUUCUUCUUUUUCUUUUACACAGAAAAUUUUUGUGGUGAUUUUAAACUUCUAUUUAAAUUUUAAAAUGAAAGUCCGCUUACUUUGAAAUUAAUCAAGCCUCCUGGUAUGUAGCCUACUGGUAUGAGCUUGCUUGAAUGGAUGUUUGCUGUUUGUUAUAUGAA